UAAACCGCGCAGCAAUGGCGGGCUUCAAGGUUUGCGUGGUUGGCGGAGCCGGAGGCAUCGGGCAGCCUCUCUCGAUGCUCAUGGCGAUGGACCCAAACGUGGCAGAGCUGUGCGUGUAUGACCUCACGAUCGCGAUGAUCCCCGCGGACGGAGUGGCCGCGGACCUGAGCCACCUGAACAAGGCCGCCAAGGUCAAAGCAUACGCUUUUGACAAGGACGCGCGUGCCGCGGAUGUCGCGGGCGAGUGCCUCACGGGGUGCGACCUGGUGCUCGUUCCUGCCGGUGUGCCGCGCAAGCCAGGGCAGGACCGCGCCGCGCUCCUCGAUAUCAACGCGGGAAUCGCAAAGAACAUUGUCGAGGCGUGCGCCAAGUUUUGCCCCGAGGCGGUCAUCGCGCUCAUCGUCAACCCCGUCAACUCGGUCGUGCCCGCCAUGUGCGAGCUGUGGAAGAAGGCGGGGCACGACCCGUGCAAGAUCGUCGGCGUGACGACGCUCGACUGCGUCCGCGCCGAGAAGUUUGUGCACGAGAUCACCGGCGCGCCCGUCGGCGACAUCUCCAUCCCGGUGAUUGGCGGCCACGCCGGCACCACCAUCCUGCCGCUCUUCUCGCAGGACAAGGCCGCCAGCACCAUCCCCGCCGCGGACGUGCCGGAGCUCGACAAGAAGGUGCAGAACGCAGGCACCGUCGUCGUCGCCGCCAAGGCGGGCAAGGGCUCCGCCACGCUUUCGAUGGGCUUCGCGGGAGCGCGGCUGGGCAGCGCCGUUCUGGCGGGCCUCGCGGGCACGCCGACCACCGAGUGCGCGUACGUGGCGUCGAACGUGACCGAGCUGCCCUACUUCGCCUCCAAGGUCACCUUUGGCGAGAAGGGCGUCGAGACCGUCCACCCGCUCGGCGACCUGUCGCCGCACGAGCAGGGGCGGCUCGAGGCGCUCACGCCCGUCCUCAAGGAAGAAAUUGACGCGGGGAUCGAGUACGCCUCGAGGAACCAGUUCUGCGCCUCCGCCGCGGCCGCGCCCUAUCCCGUCUGCGGCUGAAGAUGACGCGGCGCCACCCUCCUCGCUUGAGAAGAGCGGAGCCGUUGCUUUUGCCGUCCAUGGUUCCCCUCUCCGCGCUGCGAGCCCGCCGGCGCCACACGUCGCCACGCCACCCCGCGUCCCGCGUGGGAGUCGAUUUUGCUUUCACGAUACCGGGUAUGUGAGGAAACCUACUCUAUCAGGUGCGAGGAGAGAGAGAGCCGUAGAUAUGGGUGCGAUAUAUCUCGUUUCGUUUGAGGUUUGUGAUUUCC